GGAUCAAAUGGCCUCGUCCGCCGCUUCCCUUGUUCGCUUCCAUCUCCCCCUGCUUCCCUCCUCUCUCCCCAAAACCCUCUCCUCCUUCCUCCUCUCCCCUCCUCCUUCGCUUUCCCUUUCUCGUCCCACCCUCCUCUCUCGCUGCCAUCGCCUCUUCUCCACCACCUCCACCCCCUUCCCCCCUCCUUCUUCCGCCUCUCCUCCUCCUCUUCUCACCCUUUCUCACGAGCUACGCGAUGAAGAAUUCGAGCUCUCCGACUUGGAACUGGUAGCGGGCGACAAGGUAGAAGAAAAAGAGGAGCUCUUCGACAGCGAAAGGAGCCAAGGAACGGAACCAUCGGGCAAUGCCUCGCUGCCGAGCUACCCAUCCCCAAAGCUGAGCGUGAAGGAGAAGAAAGAGCUGGCGUCAUACGCCCACAACCUCGGCAAGAAGCUUAAAUGCCAGCAGGUCGGCAAGGCCGGUGUCACACCUUCGGUCGCUGCCUCCUUCAUCGAGACUCUCGAGGCCAAUGAGCUCCUGAAGCUCAAAGUGCAUGGAAGCUGCCCAGGAGAGUUAGAUGAUGUGAUAAAACAACUUGAAACUGCAACUGGAUCAGUUGCUGUUGGUCAGAUUGGGCGGACAGUAAUUCUUUACAGGCCUAGCCUCACCAAAAUGAAAGGAAAAGAGACCCAAAGUGCCAGAAAUGGAUCAAAUGUGAACAUGACAAAAUCAGGUACCACCAUGAAGAUGCAGAAGAAAGGUCAAGUAUUUAAAGCAUCUGCUCGUGGACGCCAUUAGAGACAACACCAUGUCAUAGUUCCUUUCACACUCCAUGCCAGAAAUUGGGUAACUAAUCAUGCUAUGAAGCAGGAAGAUUCGAGACAAGAUGCUGUUCUUUUUCCCCAUACACUGAUGAGCAUCAUGUCAGCAGCAAGUUAGUAUCUAUUUGUGCUUUUACUGGGGAAAUUGUUAAAAGAAAAGGAGAAUUGGAGACAAGAUGUGUCAGUUUUCCCGACUCUGCCCUAUAUCAUGUAAUGAUCAUGUAAGGGUACUGUUGAAUAGGAGGCUUGAAUCUCAUAUGCACAAAUAACAUUAGAAUCACUUUGUUCUGCA